CACGGAAGGACACUGUCCAACGAGUCUCUCGUGCAGGUAAGUUGUCAAUAUCAGUUAAUAAAUGGCUCGUUUCUCUGCAACCCAAUUUGGUGUUUUGGUACUUGUUUGGUCGACGUCGUAUGUCGUAGCCAGUCUAACCGUAGAUAUGCAACUGGAGCAACUGAGAAACAAUUACAUGAAACUUGAGCAAGUUUUGGCUUCAAAGGACAGCCGUUUAGAAUUUCUGGAACAAAAGGUUCAACAGCAUGGAAAUUUAGAAGCUCAAAUUACCCGACUUGUGAAUGAAGUGAAUCAAAUGAAAACUCAAGUAAGGCGGGCACCCAAGCUGGAACUCAAAGUCCAACGACAGGAAUCCCUUCUAAACGCCGUGCAUGGAGAAAGUCGAAGCCACAACGUCAGCCUUAGACAGGGAACAACACAAAUGCCAAAAUCCUGCGCAGAUCUAAAGAACAAUGGCCACACUUCAAGUGGAAUGUUUUUAAUUAUGGGAAUCAAAAUGGUGGAAACUGUUUUCUGUGAUUUUUCGAAAGCUGUAAACGACCCCAGUUUCCAGAAAUGGAUAGGAUUUGCUGAUGUUAAAUCCUUCCCAGUCUACUUCCAUGCCCAGAGAAUUGGGAACUACGGCGCUGCCAAUACUGUCAUUCCGUUCAAUCAAUUAAGGCUGAAUGUAGGGAAUGCGUUGAACCCUGUUACUGGAGUCUUCAUUGCUCCAAAAGCGGGGAAAUAUUUCUUCGCUUACUCAGGCCUAAGUUGGGAUAGUAAUGCUAAAGUUCAGUUGCAAAUGAAAAGUGCAACUGCGGAUUGGUCCAAAAUUGGAGAAGCUCAUUGCACACCAUUCAAUACUUUUGCAUUACAGUCAAGUCUAGAACUAAAAAAAGGAGAUGAAAUCAGAAUAAUCCACAUUCAUGGAGUCAUCCACGACAGAGAUGGCAACAACUUUAGCAAUUUUGUUGGCUUGCUCCUAGAAGAGGAUGUUUUUGGAUGUUAGGAAGCUUUCAAAUGAAUAUUGGUUGACUGUGCUACCCAGUGGCAAGGUAUAGGAGUACAUAUCUCCUAUACCAUGUCUGUGGUUCCAUAUGAUCAUGUUCUCUGUAAUAUGGAAACUUUUUCUUGGAAAAUUUUUCCAUCAAUUCAUUUAGUCUAUAACCUAUUCUUUUGGGGUUAUAAGGACAUUAUGGGGAAUAAACGGUUGGACGACCAUCAAA